UUCUUCAAGGUUCUUCUUCUUAUCAGCUUUUUUUUACAUUUUUUAAUAACGCUGAUAUUAUUUUAGGCAAAGGCCAGAAACUGUUACUUAGUUGUACGUAGUUUAGACAAGUUUGUUCUCCUGGUAAGGAAUUUAGGAGUUUUAUUUUAAAGUGGCUUUUAACUUAAGCCUCAUUUUAAAAUCGACGUAGUAAAUAAGAAUUGUUUUAAAUUUAGUGAACAUGCCUCCUUGUAAGCCUUGCAAGCAGAAAUCGAAGAAAUCAAAUAAGAAGCGUGCUAACAAGGACAGUUGUCCAAGAAACUCAUGUAAUACAAAGAAGAAAAAGGAAACCAAGAAAAACAAGAACCUUAGAAAUAAAUGCUCAUCUUCUGGAAUGAAACCUAGGAAAAGAUACUCAACCUCUGAAUCGUCCUGUUCUUGUGAUGAAUGUUAUGAUUGCUCCUAUUCUGAUUCGUCGUUUGAGAGCAGCAGUUGCUACACAAGUUCCUCUGAUUCAUCACCACAUUGCAAGAAAAGACAAUGCAAAUGUGUCUAAUAAAUUGUAUUACAUGUUUGAAAUUAUUUUUUAAUUACUUGAUAUUUUUUUGCGUAUUUUUAAAAUAUUUGUUAUAGAAAAUCACAUUUGUACUAUUAAUGAUUAUUAAACAUACACUUUUUUAAA